AUGAACGGUCACGUCAACACCAAGGAGAAACCCUAUGAAUGUAACGUCUGUCACAAACGAUUUUCGCGAAGUGAUGUGUUGAGUCGACAUGCCAAAGGACACAAUGGCGCCGCUGCAACCACGUCCAACGGAGUCAAGAAUGCGCAGCCCGCGGCGACGUCUGACCAAGCCGCAAUUCGUCCUGCCGAGGGCCAACAAUUCGUUCCAGGAACUGGCGCCGAAGCGGUUAACAUGGUGCAACCACUUUCGAUGGCGCCUCGCGACGUGCCUCUCCCUUCAGCAACCGGCCUCCCUCCGUCGUCUUUGGAUUUUCUAGCAAAUGUUUCGACGCAUCAUGCCCGCACCGAGCCCGAAGUCAACCCCAUGAUGAUCGAUGACCAACAAGCGGCAUACUUUGGGUGGAACGAGGUUUCUACGACGGCAGAUACGCCGGCCUAUCGAGGGCCGAUGUUCGACACGCCAAACGACAUGAUGCAGUUUUGGCUUGAACCGCGCGCCGAUGCGGGUUCGCACAACGGUUCGAUCAAUUUGAUGCCGGAUUCGGGAUUUGGAAUGCUUGGGGAUAGUCACGGAGCCUUCUCAGACCGACAGGCAAGACCUUCCGCGGACAGCGUUGGAACCCCCAAAUCAGGGGGGACCAUCCCUAGUGAGCGGUUCGCCAAGGUCCAAAAGUACUGGGUUGCUCCUUCGAAUCAUAACGGACGCCUGAUCAACAAUCUCUGGCAGGAGGUAGCGAGCAUCGAGUUGGAUAAUAUCUUCGCGCUACAUCCUAGCAUCUCAGUCAAUGGCUCUCCUAGUCUCUUUCAGGGGACAAGGCACGGCUUGGAUGAAGAAUGUCGACAGCAUCUCCAGGCAAUAUUUGGAUAUGCCCGGUUCGCCAACUCACAUUCGCGCUUACCAGAACAUAUGGCGCAUCCCCCUAGUUCAUCCGGCGCAUUGGUCACACUGCCCAACUUCCCUCCGGCCGAAGUUCUUGACAUGGCCUUGGAUCUGUACUUUCGGAACUUCCAUCCUUUGGUCCCGUUUAUCCACACUCCCACGUUUUCUGCCAAAAAUACGAACCCGUCAGUGCUGUAUUCCAUGUGUUUGAUUGGCAUGAUCAUGCUGGGGACGAAGGGGACAACCGACUUCGUAUCUAAGAAUUAUACUUUUGUACUCGAGAAGAUCAUGGCGGAACUAGCCAAAUGCUCGCUGGGCACCGAGAGUUCGGCGAACACUAUGUCGACGUUUGCAGCCGCCUUCCUUUUCCUCAACCUCGCUGCCAUGACAGGGGAAAAGGAGCACCUGGAGAAGAGCCAAAUGCUCUAUAUCAGUCUCAUUUCGAUUGCACAGCGGCACGGGCUCUUUACAGCAACCGAAGGCCAAAUACUCGACAUGAGCUUUUUUGAAGUUGGUCCAGAUGUUGAUAUGCGAUGGAAAACCUGGAGUAAAAUAGAAUCUGUCAAGCGGUUAAUUUCUGGUCUUCUACUUUUGGACUCCUGGUACUCGUCGUUUCUAUCGAUGAGUCCUAUUAUUGUACCCGACUCUAUCCAGAUCAUCCUCCCUUGCAAUGAGAGUCUUUUCCAGGCAAACAGUUCGGGCCAAUGGACGCAUCUAAUUCGAAGUGGACGGCGCAUCCUGAUGCCCACUGUGGUAGCCCCGUCGGAAAACGUCGAAAUCGCGGCGCUAGAUAGCCCCGUCGAUGAUUUCUGUAUGCAUUCGAUUCUGGCGAUGGUGCAGUUGCGGCUGUCUGAAGCCUACCAUCGACUACUAUCGAAUCGAGCCAGCUACCCCUUCGCGCCCUGUCAUACGUAUGCCAUGGACGGUCGUGCCCGCUGCCUACCAUCUCUCCAACUGCAAAUCGCCAGCAGAUACAGCGACGUUCUUUCUCAUUUGAAUCCCAACGCAGCUGUCAUGUGGCACAAUAUGUGCAUGACGCUUACGGCCGAUACGCAGAUCUUCGAUCUGGCCGCGGGACGAGCAGGUCCACUGCCGGCCCAGAAAGCACUGGAGGACAUUGCAGCGUGGUCGCAAACACCCGCUGCGCGCAGAGCGUGCCUCCACGCCGCUCAGAUCUACAAAUCCAUGAUCAAUCGGAAAGCGUCCGACCAUACGAUGUUCCACUCGGUGUUUUCGCUGUUCUCCGCUGCGCUUGUCCUGGGGCUUUACGAAUUCAUGGUCCCCAAUACCGAAGGACAAGGGCAGGGCGCCUACAUCGAACUUCUCGACGACGUCGACUGGCAGGCCGUCGGCACGGAAGGAUUCACUAGCUUCAUGGAACCGCGCGGCAGUCAGUCGUUUGCCCCGUCCGAUGACCCGGCCGUGAACUUCAUUCGGAAUGGCGGCGUGGUGUACCUUCGCGGCGUGCCAUUCCAGGGAGGAUAUCAGUCUGCACGACGGAUUCUCCUGGACUACGCGGGGUUGCUCAAAGAUGCCGGCAAAUGGAGCGUUCGAAAGUUCUCAUACGUUCUCCACAUUAUGAGUGACGUGCUGAUGGACGUGGAAUGA